CCAUUAACAGGACAGUGCUAGAGGAAGGGUAAGCACGGCGGAAGUGCAUGAGAGGCCUCCGGCGGCAGGAAGUAGAGAGGCGGUGGCCUGCCAGGCCCAGCGUCACUGGGCCAAUCACCGGUGGGCUGGCCUCAAUAUCUGAAAUUCUCAUUGGUGCUACAAGUAUAGGUCCCUCCUUCUCUCUUUUUCUAUUUCCCAUUGGGAGAAGCUGAGGAACAUGGGAAGGGGCAUUCUGGGAAUUGUAGUCUCUUAGGAAAGGUGCUGCUUGAUGUGUGUGGCGUGGGUCUGUACCCCAGGAGGAGAUGAGUGGAAAACGGUCAGCGGAACCCGGCCCCGGCCGGGUAGGUAAGAAGGGAAAGAAGGCGGUGAUGGCUGAAUUUUCGGACGCUGUCACUGAGGAAGCUUUGAAAAAGCAAGUGGCUGAGACCUGGAGCCGCAGGACGCCGUUUAGUCACGAAGCCAUUGUCGUGGAUGUGAACCCCUUUCUUCACUGUGUGAUUCCAAACUUCAUCCAAAGCCAAGACUUCCUGGAAGGACUUCAGAAGGAACUUUUGAACUUAGACUUCCAUGAAAAAUAUAAUGAUUUAUAUAAGUUCCAGCAGUCUGAUGAUUUAAAGAAGAGAAGAGAGCCUCACAUCGCUGCUUUAAGGAAAGUUCUAUUUGAAGAUUUCAGGGCCUGGCUUUCUGACAUUUCUAAUAUUGACCUGGAAUCUACCAUUGAUAUGUCCUGUGCAAAGUAUGAAUACACAGAUGCCCUGCUCUGCCAUGACGAUGAGCUGGAAGGGCGCCGGAUCGCCUUCAUUCUCUACCUGGUUCCUCCCUGGGACAUGAGCUUGGGGGGCACCCUGGACCUGUACAGCGUUGAUGAGCACUUUCAGCCGAAGCAGAUUGUCAAGUCUCUUAUCCCUUCGUGGAACACACUGGUUUUCUUUGAAGUGUCUCCAGUAUCCUUUCACCAGGUGUCUGAAGUCUUGUCGGAAGAAAAAUUGCGUUUGUCUAUAAGUGGCUGGUUUCAUGGCCCUUCAUUGGCCAGGCCUCCCAGCUACUGUGAACCCCUCAUACCCCGGAGCCCUCACAUCCCUCAAGAUCAUGAAAUUUUGUAUGAAUGGAUAAACCCUACUUAUCUGGACAUGGAUUACCAAAUUCAGAUUCAAGAAGAGUUUGAAGAAAGAUCGGAAAUUCUCCUAAAGGAGUUUCUUAAGCCUGAGAAAUUUGCAAACGUCUGUGCAGCUUUGGAGAAAGGAGACGUGGAAUGGAGCAGCCGAGGUCCUCCUAACAAAAGUUUGACGUCUGUGGCUUUGACGAACAGCUCGACAUUGCUGCUCUUUAGGUGUUAUGAGAAAGCUGAGGAGAGUAAGCUUCCUGGUGUGCUGAAAGACUGCAUGGACUUACUCCACUCCGAAGCGCUCUUCUUGCUGCUGUCCAACUUCACAGGACUGAAGCUUCACUUCUUGGCCCCUUCAGAAGAAGAUGAGAUUGAGGACGGAAAAGAGGGAGAAGCAGCAUCUGCUGCUGAGAGCACUGAAGAAGGGACCAGCCAUAGCUCCUCAGAGCUAGAGAAUAAUCAGGCCACUAGCAGCACCACCAGCCAACAGAGCGAUGGCGAGACAGACUCAGAGCCGGAAGGAAACGAAGCAAAGAAAGAAUCGAGCAUUCCCACAUGCCACGGGGAACUGAGGCGUUGGAAGACCGGUCACUACACUCUAAUCCAUGACAACAGCAAGCCUGAAUUUGCCCUGGACUUACUUCUCUACUGUGGCUGUGAAGGCUGGGAACCAGGGUAUGGUGGCUUCACUUCCUACAUUGCCAAAGGUGAAGAUGAAGAGCUGCUAACAGUGAAUCCGGAAAACAAUUCUUUGGCACUGGUCUACAGAGAUAGAGAGACUCUGAAGUUUGUCAAGUAUAUUAACCACCGAAGCUUAGAACAAAAGAAAACCUUCCCACACAGAACAGGUUUCUGGGAUUUUUCAUUCGUCUAUUAUGAAUGA